CCGUCUAAAAUUGCAUAAAAAAAAUGUGAUUUUGAGAUGCUAAUUUCUACGGCCAUUGAUAUUUCGCCAUUAGAAUUUACAUAUUAUUUUUAUCGUUACUAAUGAAUUUGUAUAUCGGUUUCGUAUUAAUAUUAACAUCAUUCGUUGAUGGUGCGUUUAGAUUUAUCAAAAAUUAAAAAAAAAUCAAUAAAAGAAAGUGUAGUAUGAUAUUUAAUAUGAUUUGAUUCAAGAAAUGAGACAUGAAAUUUAGUAUUAUAAAUAUUAGAUCAUAAUGAUACUGUUCAUAUUGCAUAAUUUAUAAAACAAAUACCCGGUGCAAUAACAAAACCAAUACAGCUAUAGUCCUUUGACAGUAGAAGAUAAAAUGUUAUUUGUUAAUAUUUUUUUGUAAAUAUUUGUUAAAUGGGCUAUUGUAGAAUGUGAUCAAAAUGGGCGGCUGCAUCGGAAUAACUAGGAGCAGAAGCGGGCCCGUGGGCGAGGAGUCUUCGGGCACCGUGUCUCGGCCUAAUUCCGGUGGUUUAAGGAAGAACCAGUCGCUGUGCCAUGAGACGAUCAGGUGGAAAUCGGACGUGCCGCUCACGGAGGGCCAGCUGCGGAGUAAGCGGGACGAGUUUUGGGACACGGCGCCUGCAUUUGAGGGUCGGAAGGAGAUAUGGGAUGCACUGCGAGCUGCGGCCGUGGCGGCGGAGGCUAUGGAUUUCCAGCUGGCACAGGCGAUCCUGGACGGCGCUAGUGUAUCCGUGCCUAAUGGCUAUCUCACAGAGUGCUAUGAUGAGUGGGGGACUAGAUAUCAGGUCCCGAUCUAUUGCCUGUCGCCCCCCAUAAACAUGGUGAAGGAGGCGAGCGGGCGCGACUCCCCCGCAGAGUGGUCGGAGCCAGUGGAGGGCGGCGCGGAGGUGGCUCUGCGCUUGCGUCUCUCGCACACAUGUCGCGACGUGACUCUCGCAGCCACCGCCAGGCACAGCAUAGCGCAGUGCAAGAACAAACUACACGCUCAAGAAGACAUAGAGCCGUGGCGCCAGCGCUGGUUCUACGGCGGCAAGCUGCUGGGCGACCGGCUGCUGGUGGAGGAGGCGGGCGUCACGCCGGGCUACGUGGUGCAGGUCAUCGUCAGCGCCGCGCCGCCGCCGCCCAGCUAGUCUGCUGCUCCCGGCUCGACGAGGUAGGGCUCCCACACUCCCGGACUACAUGUACACUCACCAUCAAAUACGGUAAAGUGGACGAUAUAUCGGGUUUAUUUCUAUGGUAUCAAAGGUCUGUUAAUUUCCCACUUUGGCUGUUACUGUAUAUUUGAUGCUGACUAAGUUAACACUCGACAGAUUUAACUGACAGGUACACUUAUGUCAGGUAGUUGGUAAAAUUGCGCGAAGUUUUUUUAAUAGAAAUAGCUGGAUUUUGAGACUGAAUCUGCGUUAUUAACCAGUUUUAGUCUCAUAUUACAUCUUUACUUAGUAAAAAUU